AUGGGCUCCCAAGCACCUCGCAUCCGCCUCGCGAUCCUCGAAGCGGACACCCCCCAGCCGCAGACCAACGCGCAGUACGGCGGCUACGGCGGCGUCUUCACGGCCCUCCUGCGCACCGCGGCCCUCUCCUCGGAGCCGCCCGCGCCCCUCGACUCCAUCCUCGACGUCUCCGUCUACCACGUCGUCGGCGACGAAGCCGCGUACCCGGACCUGGAGUCCGUCGACGCCGUGCUCAUCUCGGGCAGCAAGCACAACUCGUUCGACGACGACCCGUGGAUCCUCAAGCUCGUCGAGUUCACGAAAAAGUGCAUCGAGAGCGAGAGGGUCCGGGUCGUCGGCAUCUGCUUCGGGCACCAGAUCGUGGGGCGCGCGUUGGGGGUCGAGGUCAAGAGGAGCGAGUUGGGUUGGGAGGUUGCCGUUGUCGAUGUGGAUCUCACGCCGAAGGGGAAGGAGAUUUUCGGGCUGGAGAAGAUGCGCAUCCACCAAAUGCACCGCGACGUCGUGACCGCCAACCCGCCGGGUGCCGAGUCGCUCGCCUACACGUCCUUGUGUCCCGUCCAGGGAUUCUACGCGCCUAAGAAGUACAUCACGGUCCAGGGCCACCCCGAGUUCACCGGUCCCAUCGUGAGCGAGGUCCUCAACGUCCGUCACAAGGCGGGCAUCUUUAACGAUGAGAUGUUUACGGAUGCGAUCAACCGCGCGCAUAUCGAGCAUGACGGUGUAGCUAUUGCGCGGGCGUUCUUGCGUUUCUUGAGGGAAUGA